AUGGAGCCCAUGAAUGCCCCACCAGCGGAGUCUCCGCCAAACUUGAGAAGGCAGACAACAGGCCAUUGUAGGAGGCGGGGAGGGUUUGAAGAAGUAGGGUUAGGGUUAAGGUUUGGAUUGGUAAUGAGCUCAGUGUCGGUGUCCAGGUCAGACUUUGGAGAAUCCAUCGACGUCAUCGCCAUGGCCGUUACUCUCUCUGUUUUCUAUGAAGUCAUGGCUAAGCAAGAUUUGGGGGAGUGCGAGAGUGGAGAGGAGUUGGGUUUCAGAAAAAUGAAUUUUUGA